AUGAAGCACACACCAAUGAAGUCGUCCAAGAUGGCCAGCUCUAGUGAAGAAGAGCUGAGCACUCUUGUACAGUUGCGUGGCAUGGCACAAGGUAACAUCACGCGCAUCAAGAACAUCUUGACCCAAGCCCAAGCGGACCAGGCUGAGCUGCCUUCCGCUCAAGUGAAGGUGUACGUGAAGAAAGUGGAAAGUGCCUACAACGAGUACCAUCAGCACCACCAGCAGAUAGUGGCGAUUCUUCCUUCGAACAAGAAGGAGGAACAGAACGAGAAGUUCCUGCAAUUCGAGACGUUGCACGAAGAGGUGUCCAUCAUGCUCGAGACCCUUCUCGAGGCUCAAGCCGCACCACCUGCGGCCCAACAAGUGCAACCACCGGCGAACCAACAACCGUUGGUCAUCCAGCAAUCUCUUCCUCGCGCCAUCCCUACCUUCGACGGGAGGUACGAGAAUUGGGAACGGUUCAAGAUCAUGUUCCGUGAUGCAGUCGACCGUACCAACGAAGCACCUCGAAUCAAGCUGUAUCACCUUGAGAAGGCCCUCGUCGAAGAUGCGGCGGGUAUCAUUGACGUGAAGACGAUUGCCGAUGGAAACUACGCCCACGCCUGGGAGUUACUGGAGGAAAGGUUCGAGGAUCAGCGACGAAUGAUCGACAUCCAUAUUGCUGGACUGCUCGGAGUGAAGAAACUUUCGAAUGAGGAUUUCGGUGAGUUGCGAUCCUUGGUUGAGUCUACCACUAGUCACGUGGAAAACUUGAAGUUCCUUGUCCAAGAGUUCACCGGUGUCUCUGAGCUCAUUGUCGUCCACCUGAUCGCCCGUGCACUGGAUCCUACCACGAAGAAGUUGUGGGAGUCGACGAUAAAGCGAGGAGAACUCCCAAACUACGAAGACACCAUACAGUUCCUGAAAGACCGCGUCUCAGUUCUGGAGAGAUGCCGCGAUACGGAUGAAGAAGCCAAGGCACAGCGUACAUCAGCGAAACCAGCUACGAGGAAGCAGGCGUUUCCCAAUGCCAACGCAGCGACAGCUCCUCCAUCAACGGAUCAACGGUGCACCAUUUGUGAUGAAAGCCAUGUGACAUACAGGUGCUCUGUGUUCAACGGCUUGAGUGUGAGUGAUCGACUGGCCAAAGUCAAACAGAAGAACGUGUGCUACAACUGCUUGAGAAGUGGACAUAGCGUUAAGAACUGCCCAUCGAAGAAGUCGUGCUCCAAGUGCAACAAGCGGCACCACACCCUACUCCAUUUGGAAGGUGGUGCAAUCUCGUCGCAGCCUGCGAAUGAAAAUUCAGCGAAUGGAGUUCCAGGAUCAGCCCAACCAACGGCGUCGGCUGUCAGACAGCAGUCGGCCGCGAACCAGCCAUCAGUGACAGCAGCGCAUUCCAACAACCCGGUGAACCCAGCGAGCCAGGUGGUGUUGCUCACUGCCCUUGUCAACGUUAUGGACCAUCAACAGCGGCCUCGUGUGUGCAAAGCCCUGCUAGACUGCGGAUCUCAGAUUACUGGUCAGGUUCCGUCGGUUAAGAUAAAUUUGGAGAAUUGGGAACUUCCUCAAGGUCUCAGACUGGCUGAUCCAUCCUUCCAUGAACCUAGCCACGUUGAUUUGCUCAUUGGAAUGGACUGGUUCUAUGACAUUAUGAAACCAGGGUGUUUGAAAAUAGACGAUAAUCUCCCUAGCCUUCACGACUCUAAGCUUGGUUGGUUAGUCGGGGGCAGGUUGCUUGACUGUUCUUCCAAUCUUGUGCUGAAUUCCUGUGCCGUUCGAAUUGACCCCAUUGAAGAACUAGUGCAGAAAUUUUGGAAAGUUGUAGGUGUGUCUUCGGAGGUGGUUCUGUCCAGUGAGGAAGAGCAGUGUGAAUCGCAAUUCACAUCAACCCAUCGUCGAGACGACAGUGGUCGUUUCAUCGUUCACCUCCCAUUGAAGGACAACGCAUCUCAACUAUCGGAUUCCCGUACCAUGGCAUUGCGACGAUUUUUCAUGUUGGAGUCUAAACUACAACGUCAUCCAGAUUUAAAAGCCCAGUAUGAUGCCUUCAUGGACGAGUACGAAUCUCUUGGGCACUGCCGGGAGGUCCAAGAACGCGACGAUCCUCCUGGAGUUCUGAAGUGGUAUCUUCCCCACCAUGCCGUCCUCCGCCCAUCGAACACAACUACAAAAUGCCGGGUGGUAUUCGACGCAUCUGCAAAGGUGGCCGGAUUGUCCCUCAACGAUGUUUUGAUGACCGGAUACAACGUUCAGAGCGAUUUGUUGUCUAUCAUCCUACGGUUCCGGAGGUAUCGAUACGUUAUGAGCGCCGAUGUAGCCAAAAUGUACCGCCAGGUUGCCGUAGAUCCCGCUUUCACUCCACUACAACGGAUUUUUUGGAGAAAGUCGCCCCAAGACCCACUACGUGUUCUCGAACUAACUACUGUGACGUACGGAACGGCCUCAGCCCCUUUCUUGGCCACGCGAUCUCUGCUGCAACUUGCACGGGAUGAACAAGAAACCUUUCCGCUCGCUUCCGCCGUUGUCGAGAAAAAUGUCUACAUAGACGAUGCUCUUUUUGGUUCCGACGAUUUCCUACAAGCAUGUGAGCUUCGAGAUCAGCUGAUAGAUAGCCUUGCUCCAGUCCGUGAAGAUCGAGACAGCUGCGCAUCUUUCAGCGAAAGUGGCCUCAACGAGGUCAUCAAAACUUUGGGAUUGAUGUGGAAUCCUUCCACAGACGAGUUCUUGUUCCGAUCAUCCCCUUCAGAAAGGGCCAGCAGACCCACCAAGCGUCAAGUCCUGUCCAAGAUUGCCAAGAUUUACGAUCCGCUCGGACUUAUUUCUCCAGUGGUGGUACUGGCAAAAAUAGUUAUGCAGAAAUUGUGGAUCAGCAAGCUGAAUUGGGACGAUCCGUUAGACGAUACCCUCCUGAACGAGUGGGAGAACUUUCUGAUGUCACUGCCAACUUCGGAGCAAAUUCGCAUUCCACGCCAUGUGUUAUCGAACAAAGCGGUGCGGUACGAAUUGCACGGAUUCGCGGACGCGUCCCAGAAGGCGUAUGUGGCAUGCGUAGUUGCAGAGAUCACAUCGAAUACUAGUCACAAUUUGCCCCCACAAUGCUGGAAUCUGGGCCGGGUUAAAAGGGUACACCCGGGAGCCGAUAACCUGGUAAGAGUGGGAGAUGUUCGAACGAAGACGGCCUUUAUCAAGGCUCAAAGAGUUGUCAGGUUGCUGCUAGCCGGUCUAGUCCAGCUCAACCACCGAGGCUUCAUGAGGCGAAGCCAGGCCAACGUCCAGCCAUCAUCCCGGGAAGGAACGCGAGGGUUCCUGCUCCCACCCGGCUCGGUUCCUGAGCGGAACGCGAGCACCACAACGUAG